AUGAUUCCUUACCAAAAAAAAAAAAUUUCAAAACGACCACGAGAAUUAUUUGAUAGAUCAAACCUAUUGUUUAGACUUGUAUUUGAAGGAGAAGAUGUUUUUAUUCCUAAAGCGUUGCAAAAAAAAGCAUUCGCUGAUACACUUGUAAAAAGACUGGGAGUAGUGGCAGUAAAUUUUGAAGUGACUGGAGACAACUUUAUCAAAUGUGCGCGGAAAAUCGAAGAAUUAUCAAAAAGUGACAACCCCCCAAAAAAUUUGAUAUACAGAGCAAGGAAAACGGUGAAUUAUUUAUACGAUCAUUUUGAAGAGCUUUGGCUAGCAGACAGUCAAUGGGAAACAUUAUCAUCAAUCGAUUUUAUACCUUGUGAACCUCCGAGAGCACCUUAUGAUUGUGUAAUAUAUGAACAAAAACCAUUCUAUUCGUUUAAGGCACUUCAUUUACCAAUCUACAAAAACCUCAUUUGGACACAGGCACCUAUAUACUCGUACAAUGUCAUGCCAAACCAUUCCUUUCUAACUAAAUUCACAUCACUCAGAAACAUUGAAUUUCAUAUGGUAUUAGAUCAUCUAUAUGGAAUAAUUGACACUAUUGUCAAAGCUAAUUUGGCAUCGUGGAAAUCGACCAAAGCAACAAGAAAAUUAAAAAAGAUUAUUUCUGAAAUCUACGAGUAUUUGGAUAAGAUGAACUAUCGUGAAUAUUUAAGAAGAUUGGAUGUGUGCAAUGACAUUUACUUUAAUGUACGUGGUAAGAAGAUAGGAGCCAAUCGUUACAAGCUGGCAGCUUCUUCAAAUUAUUUUGAGGUGAUGUUUCUUGCAGGCACUAAAGAAUCGAAUCCUGAUGAAGUUAUUCAUGUGGAAGUGGAUGAUAUAGAUCCUAAUUCAUUUCUAGUGCUUCUUGAAUGGUUAUAUGAAAAAUAUUUAAUCAAAGAGCUUAAAUGUGAAGUUGAAUAUAAGAUUGUAAACGAUGGGCUUGUACUGCCACAGAAUGUGAUCGAAUUGAAAGAAUGGGCAAAGAUGUUUUCAGCUGGACAGCUUUAUGAUUAUUGUAACCAAUUUGUAAUAGUAAAUUGUGAGUUACUGUAUGAACAAAGACAAGCUGAACUAAUUGAAGUAGUAGAAGAAGAAGAGCGUAUGGAGGAAAUUGAAUUUUUGGAAGAAGAAUUAGGCAAUAUGGUUCGUUAUAUACGUAAAACUAAAGAACCAAUGAGUAUGGAUAUCUUUGGUGCAUGGGGACCUCCUGAUGACAACGAUGCAAAUGUUGAACAAAAAAAGAAAAGAAUCUUUAAAAAAUUUUCAUAUCGUGGCGUUGAUUUGGAUCAAUUGUUGGAUCUGUCUUCUGAACAAUUAAUGGACUUGGUUCACGCAAGAGCAAGAAGAAGAUUUCAACGUGGUUUAAAACGCAAACCAAUGGGAUUAAUAAAGAAAUUACGUAAAGCAAAAAAAGAGGCACCACCAGAUGAUAAACCUAAUGUUGUAAAAACUCAUUUACGUGAUAUGAUUAUUGUGCCUGAAAUGAUUGGAUCUAUCAUUGGUGUUUAUAACGGGAAAACGUUCAAUCAAGUUGAAAUUAAGCCGGAAAUGAUUGGGCAUUAUCUUGGUGAAUUUUCAGUCACUUAUAAACCUGUUAAACAUGGUCGUCCUGGUAUUGGCGCAACCCAUUCUUCAAGAUUUAUUCCUUUAAAAUAA